UCCUAACCUCUCUUCAUGUAUUUCAAAAUGUUUAUCUUAAAUGAUGUAAAUUAUUUAAAAAUGUUGAAGAAUUAGACAUCCUUCUAAAAGCUAUUUUAAGCAUUUUAUUUUAUAGAUGUACAUAUAUUGUUUGUAGACAGUUUAUAAGAUAGUAAUAUUUCCAUUAGACGGACAUCCAGAUACACAUGAAAACAUCGGGCUAAAUGAUCUUUAAUCUUUAAUAAUUUGAUAUUUACGGGAAAAAAGCGGUAAACUGCGUAAAUUGUUUACCAUUAUUAUUUUUCUUUCAAACAAUCAAAUGCAAAAGAAUGUUUUUGCAUUAUUAAACAUGUAAAAUAUUUAAAAUAUUGACAUAUUUAUAGUUUGCAUUAUGUUUUAAUUGCUGUUUCAGGAAAGGCACGGUGAUCUUUUUGUUUGCAGCAAUGUUCUGCCACAUAGCAGCAGCUGCCAUCAGAAAUAAUUAUUAUGGCGGUCGCGACAGAAACAAUUAUUUUGGCGGCAGCAACAGAAAUAUCAAUUAUGACAACCGCUACAGAAAUAAUGAUUAUGGCGGGCCCAAUGCUUAUUAUUCACCUCCGAGUUAUCAACCUCCUAUUUACCCGACGCCGAUUCCACCGCAUGUAGACCCUGGAACAACACCUGACAUCAAUAAACUCAGCGAGGACGAACGGCAAGCCCAGGGACAAGGUGUUAGAGUACCUCCCAAUGAUUGUGUUAUCUCAUGGCAUGACUUCCAACAAAAGAUCGCCAACCAAGAAAUGAUUGGAUUAUACGGUAUUGACGACGACAAUGACAUCAACCCAGGAGUUGCCUUCAAGUUUACAGUACGAUGGUCAGUAGAAAAUGAUACAAUGAUCAGGAGACGAGGAAGUUUAUGGUUUAGUGAAACUAAAUCAUGCAUUUUUGCUGAUGGGGUAUUUCAGAGGAUAGAUGGAGAUCGUGCUAUAUUCCGUUCCGUAAGCGGGAAUGCAUUUAUAACAGAUAACAGAAUGGACUAUUUUGUUUGGUCUAAACGAGAGCCUAUACAAUGGUGCAUCUUCUUCAUUUGCUACGACUCCCAAAACGUGCGAGAUGGCAGGUGUCCGAACUCAGAACUAGUAGCAGUUUUCCGGGAACAGAGGACAACGGAUAUAAAUGACGCUGGUAUUCGAGAAGGUCCAAUAAUACUCAACGACAUAGAUUGGAGCGAGUUAGAAAGUACUUUUAAAGAUUGUUUCUCCCAAGAAAUCAAAGACGAUCAAGACCCACAAAUAUUUUGGGGUUGGAGAACUCCAAAUAACGAAGCAUGCGCGGUACCAGGGACUCCUGCCUUUGAAGAAGGUGCAAGAGCUGGCUAAAACUACCAAUAACGUUUGAAGCUUCAGUUGUGCGCAUGCGCAACAGUUUCAUUUGUUCAGUUUCAGGCAAAAUAACAGGGAUAAUCUCACUUGAACAAAACUUCCCAAAAUUGACUAUUUCAUUAUUACUAUUUAAGUUUAACAUUUUCUACCUUUAUGAAAGGAGAAUUUUGAACAACCUGUGAUUCUCUGUU